AUGAUGCAGAAAGUGGAGACAAGAAAUCCCCAUUGGACAGACAGGCUGAUACAAUGUGGCUACCAGAUUCACAGCUUCACCCCUGAAGAAAAGUCAGAGGGAAUGUCCCUUAUGAAAAUGAUCGAAUGGCCUAAGCCCCCCAAGUCUGCUGUGCCCUUUCUGAAAAGCAGUGACCCAGAAUAUGUUCGCUUUGUAAUUUUAAAUUCUGCAAAGACUUUCUAUGUGGGGGAUCAGCUACAAGUGAUGCUGCAGAUGAGUGAUUUUGAUGGUCACCCAAAGCGAUAUGGGGGUGACUAUCUCCAAGCUCGGAUCCACACCCCAGCUUUAAAAGCUGGUUCAGCAGGAACUGUUAUAGAUAACCAAAAUGGAAUUUAUUAUAUUAAUUUUACUUUAUCAUGGCCAGGGAAAGUUGAAGUCUCAAUUUCAUUGGUUCAUUCCAGUGAAGGAAUCCAAAUACUCAAAAGGCUACGUGAGGAACGAAUCUCAAGAGUUUAUUUUCAAAGUACCUUCAAGAAGGGGGAUAUCUUACGGACCACUCAAUGUAAUCUUUAUUUGCCUCAAUCUAAACCACUCUGUGACUUUACUGAUCCCAAGACUGGGGAGCCCUGGUUCUGUUACAAACCAAAGAAUUUUUCCUGCUCUGCUCGUAUCAAACGUGGCUUAGCAGGAUUUGAAAAAAAUCUCUUAAAGGGAGAAGAGAAGCGCUAUUUCCAAAGUCGUAUCAACCUCAAGCAGCGCAUAUUACCCAGUGGCACAGGAUACAUAAUGGUAGAGCCUUCACCUCAACCAACUCCGGCUCUUGGAAAAUGUGUCCGGGGACAGCCCAUUGUAUCACCAUCUGGUUUUUAUUAUAAGGACCGAUGGAUGUCAAUGACCUGCAAUAUCUAUCACUUUGACACUCCUGCAAAAAUGACAGACUGUCUUCGUCAAAAAAGAGUUUAUCUGUUUGGAGAUUCCACUAUGCGUCAGUGGUUUGAAUACUUGAUACAAAUGGUUCCAGGUCUCAAAACAUUGGAUCUUGGUAAUCCUAUCAAGAUUGGUCCUCAUCUUGCAGUGAACGUGGAGAACAACAUUGUGGUAGAAUUUCUCCCUCAUGGUCUUCCCAUCCAAUUCCGCACCUUUCCAAGACACCUGCGUUAUGUUUCAAAUGUACUGGAUGAAAUUAGAGGAGGACAAAACACAGUUAUAGCCAUUACCCUAAUGGCCCAUUUCACCCCAUUUCCUCUUGAAGUCUAUAUUCGAAGAAUACAGAAUGUCAGGAGAUCGAUUCUCCAGUUACUCGACAGGAAUCCGGAUACACUGGUUGUAAUAAAGACGGCCAAUGUCCGGGAAAACCCCCCACAGCUCGUUCCCUAUUACAGUGACUGGUACGCUUAUCAGAUUGAUUCAGUGAUGAGGAAGAUGUUCACAGGUAUCAACGUGGUAUUUGUAGAUGCCUGGGAGAUGACCAUAGCACAUUACCUUCCUCACAAUAUACAUCCUGGGAGAAUUAUUAUAAAGAAUCAAAUAGAUGUGUUUCUUUCAUAUGUGUGCCCUUCUGUAAAAUGAUGACAUUUCUACGAAAUCAGUUCCAAUCAGGGUUUUUUAAUAAUCAUAUGAUUCAAAGUUUAAAUAACAUGUUCAUAC